AUGUCAAGCAACAAGAAAGAAACCAGAAGAAGAAGAACAAUUCAGAAUUUUUCUUCUUCUUCUUCUUCUUCUUCUUCUUCUUCUUCUCUGGUUCUAACAAUGGGUGCCCAUCUCUCCAAACAAGUUGAACGACGCAAAACAAUCUCAACAGAGAAGAAAACUCUAUGCGACCUCAAACAAAGCCGUGGCUGUGAUUUCCCCGGUUGCGAUUACCGCCCUUCUGAUCGGAAAAAUUGGAUGUCAGGCCUCGACCCGGGAAAAAUUUACGUAAAUAAGAUAGUGUGGCCAGGGACUCAUGAUUCUGCAACCAAUAAGAUUGGACUUCCAUUCAUUACUCGCCCAUUCGCACAGUGCCAAUCUCUGUCCAUCUAUGAUCAGCUUGCAACAGGCGCCCGUGUAGUUGAUAUCCGUGUUCAGGAGGAUCGACGGGUCUGCCAUGGAAUUCUUACGACAUAUAGUGUUGAUGUUGUUAUCAAUGAUGUCAAGAAGUUCCUGUCUGAAACUCAGUCAGAGAUUAUAAUUCUGGAGAUUCGAACGGAGUUUGGACACGAAGACCCUCCGGAGUUUGAGAAGUAUUUGGAGGAAGAACUUGGUGAAUUUCUGAUCCACCAAGAUGAUAACGUAUUUGGAAAGACAGUAGCAGAACUCUUGCCUAAGAGAAUUAUUUGUGUUUGGAAGCCGAGAAAAUCGCCUCAACCCAAGGCAGGAGGAUCUUUAUGGAGUUCUGGGUAUUUGAAGGAUAACUGGAUUGAUACUGAUCUGCCAUCGACAAAGUUUGACAGCAAUUUGAAGCAUUUAAGCGAGCAACCUCCAGUGACAUCCCGGAAGUUCUUUUACAGAGUGGAGAACACGGCAACGCCACAAGCUGAUAACCCGGUUCUGUGCGUUAGACCGGUGACCGGUCGGAUUCAUGGAUAUGGCAGACUCUUUAUCACUCAGUGCUUCUCUAAGGGUUUGGCUGAUCGGUUGCAGAUUUUCUCAACCGAUUUCAUCAAUGAGGAUUUUGUUGAUGCUUGUGUUGGGUUGACAUAUGCAAGGGUUGAAGGAAAGGCCUGAAUCUAAUGUUGACAGUCUUCUUCUAUGCAUGAUCUACCUGAUCUAGAUCAUCUUCUGGUUUCCUAUUGUUCCUGUAAGAAAAUGUGAAUUGUUGUUGCUGCCCCGGGUGUGAUUUUUUGUACCUUGAUCACUUUGUUUGACUAAAACUUAUAGAGGUCUGCCAGAUAUGUGAUGUUUAUGUACUGGGUGUAAGUAUCUAGAUUUGUUGUAAUUCAAUAUUACUGCGGG